AUGCUUGAUAGCAAUGUGACCCUCACAGACCUUUCUUACAUAGUUCUGAAUAUCCGAUUCAACAUUGACACCACCAAAGAAAUUAUAAUGUCCACUAACGACGCCAUAACUAUGAAAGCGCUGAGGUGUGGUAUUGAUAAUGUAGCGAUAGGACACUGUUUUGAUGUUGUUUCUGCUUUGGAUCUGGUUUAUCACGACGUGUACAAACUACUCCUCAAAAUGAUUCAUUUGUUGUUUUUAGGGUUUGAGGAAGAGAAAGAGAUGGCAUUUGUGAUAGUUCACAUGAGGAAGAAGAAGGUUGACCACGAAAGAAAGUGA